AUGAACGCCUACAAGAUUCCCGACAACAUCUCCUUUGACCAGGCUGCAUCCGUUCCACUGUGCCUAGCGACAGUCGUCACUGGUAUCUGGGCACAGGAAGAAGGCGCGAGGUCCGCCAAACUCACGCCCCCUUGGGAGGAAGGCGGCAAGGUCAAGUACGCCGGAGACGUCGCCUUCAUCAUCGGCGGUUCUUCUUCCGUAGGUCAAUACGCCAUUCAGUGUGCGCGCUUGCAAGGGUACGCGGCGGUCAUUGCCACUUCUUCUCUCAAGCAUGCGGAAUUCCUCAAGUCGCUCGGUGCGACUCAUGUCAUUGACCGCCACCUCCUGCCUGCGGAGAUACAAGCCCAGGUUCGCACGUUCGCCGCGGGCAAGCCGAUCACCUACGUCUACGACGCCAUUGGUGAUCGGGAUGAGCAGCGGCUCAGUUACGAGCUCUUGGAGGACGGCGGCGCGUUCGUGACCGUCCAACCGAUCUUCCAUGAGUACAUCGAGGACUUGGUGACGGAAAAGAAGCCUGUCACUCGUGUAUAUGGCGCGUUCGAUGUUCCUGGCAAUUUCAAGCUCGGAUUGGAGGUGUACAGUCGCCUGCCCGGGUGGCUCGCUACCGGUGUCAUUGUGCCAAACAGGGUCGAGGUGGUUCCGGGCGGAUUCACAGGGAUCCCAGUAGGGCUAGAGAGGCUGCAUCAAGGCGAAGUCAGUGGUGUCAAGUUAGUCGUGCGUCCCGCUGAGACUCCUUAG